CCCGCCCCGCGCGCCCGCCCCUCCCCGGGCCGCAGCCGAGCCCCGCGUCGCGCUCCCCCGGGAUGGCCCGCGCGCCUCGGCGCUGCCCAGCGGAGCUCUCGGCGGAGCGGCGGUGGCCGCGCUCGGGGCGCGCGCGGUGGCGGCGGCGGCGCGGCGCGUGAGGGCCGCCGGGGCCGAGCGGGCGCCGCCAACAUGUCGGAUACCAAGGUAAAAGUUGCCGUCCGCGUCCGGCCGAUGAACCGACGAGAACUGGAGCUGAACACCAAGUGCGUGGUGGAGAUGGAAGGGAACCAGACGGUCCUGCACCCUCCUCCUGCUAACACCAAACAGGGAGAAAGGAAACCUCCCAAGGUAUUUGCCUUUGAUUAUUGCUUUUGGUCCAUGGAUGAAUCUAACACUACAAAAUAUGCAGGUCAAGAAAUGGUUUUCAAGUGCCUUGGGGAAGGGAUUCUUGAGAAAGCCUUUCAGGGUUAUAAUGCUUGCAUUUUUGCCUAUGGGCAGACAGGUUCAGGAAAAUCCUUCUCCAUGAUGGGCCACGCCGAGCAGUUGGGCCUCAUUCCAAGGCUCUGCUGUGCUUUAUUCAAAAGAAUCUCUUUGGAGCAAAAUGAGUCACACACCUUUAAAGUCGAAGUGUCCUAUAUGGAAAUUUAUAAUGAAAAAGUUCGUGAUCUUUUAGAUCCCAAAGGGAGUAGACAGUCUCUUAAAGUUCGAGAGCAUAAAGUUUUGGGACCAUACGUAGAUGGCUUAUCUCAACUCGCUGUCACUAGUUUUGAGGAUAUCGAAUCGUUGAUGUCGGAGGGAAAUAAGUCUCGGACGGUCGCUGCAACCAACAUGAAUGAAGAGAGCAGCCGCUCCCAUGCUGUGUUCAACAUCAUAAUCACGCAGACGCUGUACGACCUGCAGUCCGGGAACUCAGGAGAGAAAGUCAGUAAGGUCAGCCUGGUCGACCUGGCGGGCAGCGAAAGAGUUUCCAAGACCGGAGCUGCGGGAGAGCGACUGAAGGAAGGCAGCAACAUCAACAAAUCACUUACAACCCUGGGGUUGGUUAUAUCCUCCCUGGCUGACCAGGCGGCUGGCAAGGGUAAAAACAAGUUUGUGCCUUAUCGGGAUUCAGUCCUCACUUGGCUUCUUAAGGACAAUUUGGGGGGCAACAGCCAGACCUCUAUGAUAGCCACCAUCAGCCCAGCAGCGGACAACUAUGAAGAAACACUGUCCACAUUACGAUAUGCAGAUCGGGCCAAAAGGAUCGUGAACCAUGCUGUUGUGAAUGAGGACCCCAACGCAAAAGUCAUCCGAGAGCUGCGGGAGGAAGUAGAGAAGCUGAAAGAGCAGCUCUCCCAGGCUGAGGCCAUGAAGGCCCCUGAGCUGAAGGAGAAGCUCGAAGAAUCCGAGAAACUGAUAAAAGAGCUGACGGUGACCUGGGAAGAGAAGCUGAGGAAAACGGAAGAGAUCGCACAGGAGAGACAGCGCCAGCUUGAGAGCAUGGGGAUAUCUCUGGAGACAUCCGGUAUCAAGGUGGGGGACGACAAGUGCUACCUGGUCAACCUGAAUGCAGACCCUGCUCUCAAUGAACUUCUGGUUUACUAUUUAAAGGACCACACGAGGGUGGGUGCAGAUACCUCUCAGGACAUCCAGCUCUUCGGCAUAGGCAUCCAGCCUGAGCACUGUGAGAUUGACAUUGCCUCCGAUGGGGACGUCACUCUGACCCCAAAAGAAAAUGCAAGAUCCUGCGUGAAUGGCACCCUUGUGUGCAGUUCCACUCAGCUGUGGCACGGUGACAGAAUCCUGUGGGGAAACAACCACUUUUUUAGAAUCAACUUACCCAAGAGGAAACGGCGAGAUUGGUUGAAAGACCUAGAAAGGGAAGCGAGCCCUCCGGAGCAUGAGCUGGAUACAGCCAGCGAGGCUUCCUCGGAGCCAGACUACAGCUACGAGUUUGCCCAGAUGGAAGUCAUCAUGAAGACCCUGAACAGCAAUGACCCAGUUCAAAAUGUGGUUCAGGUCCUGGAGAAGCAAUACCUAGAAGAGAAGAGGAGCGCCCUAGAGGAACAGCGGCUCAUGUACGAGCGGGAGCUACAGCGCCUCCGCCAGCAGCUCUCCCCCGAGAGGCAGCCACAGAGCAGCGGCCCCGACCGCCUGGCCUACAGCAGCCAGACGGCCCAGCAGCAGGUGACGCAGUGGACAGAGGAGAGGGAUGAACUCUUCCGGCAGAGCCUGGCUAAGCUGCGAGAACAGCUGGUUAAAGCUAAUACUUUGGUGAGGGAGGCAAACUUCUUAGCUGAGGAAAUGAGCAAACUCACUGACUACCAAGUGACUCUUCAGAUCCCUGCUGCAAACCUCAGUGCCAACAGAAAGAGAGGUGCGAUCGUGAGCGAGCCAGCCAUUCAAGUGAGGAGGAAAGGAAAGAGCACCCAGAUCUGGACCAUCGAAAAGCUGGAGAACAAAUUAAUCGACAUGAGAGACCUGUAUCAAGAAUGGAAGGAGAGGGUUCCUGAGGCAAAGAGACUGUACGGGAAGCGAGGCGACCCUUUCUACGAAGCCCAGGAGAACCACAACCUAAUCGGGGUGGCCAACGUGUUCCUGGAAUGCCUCUUCUGUGAUGUGAAGCUCCAGUAUGCAGUCCCCAUCAUCAGCCAGCAGGGGGAGGUUGCAGGACGCCUCCACGUGGAAGUGAUGCGUGUGACAGGAGCUGUUCCCGAGCGCAUGGCAGAGGACGACUCUUCAGAGAACUCCAGCGAGAGUGGGAGCCUGGAAGUCGUGGACAGCAGCGGGGAGAUCAUCCACCGGGUCAAGAAACUGACGUGCCGGGUAAAAAUUAAAGAGGCAACUGGACUGCCCUUAAGCCUGUCCAACUUUGUCUUCUGUCAGUACACGUUCUGGGACCAAUGUGAAUCUACAGUGGCCGCCCCAGUGGUGGACCCAGAUGUACCCUCGCCACAGUCCAAGGACGCCCAGUACACUGUGACCUUCUCUCACUGCAAGGACUAUGUGGUGAACGUAACGGAGGAAUUCCUGGAGUUCAUUUCCGACGGAGCCCUGGCGAUUGAAGUGUGGGGCCACCGGUGUGCUGGGAAUGGUAGCUCCAUCUGGGAGGCGGAUUCUCUGCAUGCCAAGACAAGGACAUUGCAGGACAGGUGGAACGAGGUGACCCGCAGGAUCGAGAUGUGGAUCUCCAUCUUGGAACUGAACGAGCUGGGGGAGUACGCCGCGGUGGAACUUCAUCAGGCCAAAGAUGUCAACACAGGAGGCAUCUUUCAGCUCAGACAGGGUCAUUCCCGUCGAGUGCAAGUCACCGUGAAGCCUGUGCAGCACUCAGGGACACUGCCUCUCAUGGUGGAAGCCAUCCUGUCGGUGUCCAUUGGCUGCGUAACUGCCAGGUCCACCAAGCUCCAGAGAGGGCUGGACAGCUACCAGAGAGAUGAUGAGGAUGGUGAUGAUAUGGAUAGUUAUCAGGAGGAAGACUUAAACUGCGUGAGAGAGCGCUGGUCAGAUGCACUCAUUAAACGACGUGAAUACUUGGAUGAGCAGAUCAAAAAAGUCAGCAAUAAAAAAGAGAAAACGGAGGACGACGUGGAGCGGGAAGCCCGGCUUGUGGAGCAGUGGGUAGGACUGACAGAGGAAAGGAACGCGGUGCUGGUGCCAGCCCCAGGCAGUGGGAUCCCCGGGGCACCUGCCGACUGGAUCCCACCUCCUGGAAUGGAAACCCACAUACCAGUUCUCUUCCUGGAUUUGAACGCGGAUGACCUCAGUGCCAACGAGCAACUCGUGGGCCCCCACGCAUCCGGUGUGAAUUCCAUCCUGCCCAAGGAACACGGCAGCCAAUUCUUCUACCUGCCCAUCAUCAAGCACAGUGAUGACGAGGUGUCGGCCACCGCUUCCUGGGAUUCCUCGGUGCACGAUUCUGUUCACUUGAACAGGGUCACGCCACAGAAUGAGAGGAUUUACCUGAUAGUGAAAGUCACAGUACAACUCAGCCACCCGGCCGCCAUAGAGUUGGUGCUGCGGAAGCGUAUCGCAGCCAAUAUUUACAACAAGCAGAGUUUUACCCAGAGUUUGAAGAGGAGAAUAUCACUGAAGAACAUAUUUUAUUCCUGUGGUGUCACCUAUGAAAUAGUGUCCAACAUACCAAAGGCGACCGAGGAGAUCGAGGACCGAGAAACGCUGGCUCUGCUGGCAGCAAGGAGUGAAAGCGAAAGCACCUCGGAUGGGGAGACGUACAUCGAGAAGUACACGCGGGGCGUGCUGCAGGUGGAGAACAUUCUGAGUCUGGAACGGCUACGGCAGGCUGUCACGGUCAAGGAAGCGCUUUCUACCAAGGCUCGGCACAUACGGAGGAGUCUCAGCACGCCGAAUGUCCAUAAUGUCUCAUCUAGUCGACCAGACCUUUCCGGCUUUGAUGAAGAUGAUAAGGGCUGGCCAGAAAACCAGUUAGACGUGUCUGACUACAGCUCCAGUUUCCAAGAUGUGGCAUGUUAUGGAACUUUACCCAGGGAUUCACCUCGGAGGAGUAAAGAAGGUUGCACAUCAGAGAACCCUCAUGCCUUAACAGUCAGCCCUUUUAAAGCAUUCUCUCCUCAGCCGCCAAAGUUUUUCAAACCCCUAAUGCCUGUCAAAGAGGAGCAUAAGAAAAGGAUAGCUCUUGAAGCAAGGCCUCUCCUAAGCCAGGAGAGCAUGCCUCCAUCUCAGGCACAUAACCCUGGCUGCACUGUACUCUCAGGAAGCAAGGGCAGCAGCAUGCCAGUAGAGCACAGUAGCAAACGUGAGAAGAAGAUUGAUUCUGAGGAGGAGGAGAACGAGCUGGAAGCCAUCAACAGGAAGCUGAUAAACUCCCAGCCUUAUGUACCUGUGGAGUUUGCCGACUUCAGUGUUUACAAUGCCAGCCUGGAGAACAGGGAAUGGUUUUCUUCUAAAGUCGACCUGUCCAGCUCCCGGGUCUUAGAGAAAGAAGUGUCCCGUAGCCCAACCACCAGCAGUAUUACCAGUGGCUACUUCUCCCACAGUGCCUCUAACGCCACUCUGUCUGACAUGGCGGUCCCUUCCAGUGACAGCUCAGAUCAGCUGACCACUCAGCUGAAGGAUGCAGACCCCAGCGAGCACCCCAGCCCAUCACUUGUGCACGACGGCAGACCAUCCUCUGACAGAGAAUCAGCAGAAGCAGAGAGAGGCCUCGCAAGGGACAAGACGAUCCCAGUGCCGUUCCGGGAAAACAGUGCCUUAGCCAAAGGGAGCCCGUCAUCCCAGCCCAACCCGGAGAAAAACUCCAAAAUGCAGUGUAGCACUGGCUCGUGUUCAGAACUGGAUGCUGGCCCCAGCAAAAAUGGUCCCCUAGCCCGAGAAUUCCGCCCCAGGGAGGUGACCAUAGAGCAUACCACUAACAUCCUGGAAGACCAUUCUUUCACAGAGUUCAUGGGGGUGUCAGAUGGGAAAGACUUUGACAGUUUGACAGAAUCUUCUGCUGGAGAGCUUCCAGAGAGGAGGAAGCCACCAGAUAAAACGGACAGUGAGCAUGUCCCCGAAAGGCAGCGUGGUACUGGCCAGAUGCAUUGCAAACUAGAGAAUGACCCGGUAAUGAAUCCCAGAGGCAGCCCCCUGAGUUCUGGGCUGUCAACAAGCACAGCUCAGUGCACACUCACCCCUAGAAGCCCUUCCCCAGUGACUUAGUGGGAACAAGUCAUUCAGAUGCUUCUCUGGGGCUGACAGACCCUGUGGGGAGCAAGUUCACGUUCUUGGCCCACUGACCUUCUCUGGGAGAGUAGUUGUGCAUUGGGAACCACAGUGGAGCCAUGGCAUCUGUAAGACCAUUGGAUGUCCUAACAGGUGUAUGGGCUAUUGUUAACAUGUGCGGAUGAGUAAGAAUCUGUCAGCCUCUGUCCGUUCCCUGAGAUGUUUAGUUCCUGGCUACCCCCAAAGUAACACCGGGGUAACAGACCUUAUUUCACAAGAUCAGUGAUGCCUUUAUUAGAUGGAGGAACUAUAGACUAAUUCUCUGAGCAACUGAAGUCUGGGUUUGUUUAUAAUGUGGAUUAAUUUUUAUAUUGAAACAAACUGGAUUUCUGCUGAUAUUCCCAAGGCAAAUAG